UUGUCAACGUCAAGUUUCAUUCAAUCAAUUCGGGUUUGUUCUGCGGUGUGUUGGGAUAAUUUGCGGAUUGUGUUUUUAAAUUGGUGAAUGGAUAAUUCUUAAAGAAGUCAUUUCGUAACGUUUGUUUAAUUUACAAUUAUAUAUGAAUACUUCUAGAACAGUGAAACCAAAAUGUUAACACCGCGUUUCAAGUUAACUCAGGACGAUAAUCACAUCUACAUAAAUGUGCACGCGCCAUAUACAAACAUUGGUGAUACGGAAAUAGACGUCGAUGGUGAGAAUUUUCUGUUUGUAUCUAGCCCGUACUUCUUGCGACUGCGCCUGCCAGCCAGAAUAGUCGAUAAUGACAGCUCUAAGGGCUCCUACAUUUGCGAUUCCGGUGACUUCAAUUUAACCUUCGACAAAGAGGUUCCAGGCCAACAUUUUGAAAAUCUAGACAUGAUCACUAGUCUAUUAGCUCCUAGGGAUAUACCUGACAUAAACCCCAAUCUAGUGGAAAUGUUAGAAGAAGAUGGUAUCACUAUAGAAAAUGAUAGCAAAGAUGAUGAUUACAGUAACAAAUAUAGUUAUGGAUUUGCAAACAAAAUAACGACUGAAUUCAGUAACAUCGGUGUUGAGUUCCCUCAAAUUUUUGAACUGAGAGUCCCUGAAAUGGUGUCAAUUGAAGAACGACAGAGUAAGAGAAUACGAUACGAAAAUGACAAAUUUUCAUCAGAUCACUACCUGGCAGAUUUUUAUGAUGAAGAACUUCUUGAACCUUUUGUUACGGCCGUAGCUCCUUGGAGCAAUACAAAUUCACUUAAAGAACCUGAAUUCUCUGAAGAAGAAGUGGGUGUGCUCAAAGAACUACCAAAUAAGCAGUUUUUACUCAGUAAGAAUGAAUAUAAGCAGGUCCUAUAUGGUCUGGUAGAUAUUCUCUAUGGAUACUGCUAUGAUAAACGAACAACAUUAAAUGAAAGCACUGUGGAAUCAGGUUGGACUAUAAAUAAACUGUCAUCAACGCUAAGUUGGUUCUGCACAUUUACAGAUAUGAAACAAGUCCUCGUCGCUUGUUACAGACGAGCUUUGAUCUAUCCAAUAUUUAGAAACUUUGACUUAUGCAAUAAAGUCAAAAAUGAUCUUGUCAGUCUCUUCAGAAAGGGCAAGAAAUUUGUGGUGAAAUGUGUUAUAGAAAUACAUCAAAUGUUCAAUGCCAGUAAUGAUGCUAGAUAUAUUCUGAAUCAGUUGUACAUCAAGGAUUAUUUAGUAUUCCUACAGAAAUGUAGAAACGAGGAGCUUGACGAGCUCUACAAUAAUAUUGCUAAUAUUGAAAUAACCAAAAGUGAUUUAGAAUUAGACAUUGAAGAAUUAGAAGCAGCUGCGGAGCUAGUCAAGCAAGAGGAAGUUGACAAUAUAAUGGAGAAUGAAGUAGCAGUUAAAAUGGCAUCCAUGUCUUUAUUAAGUGGGUUACAUAGAACAAAUUCGGCAUACAUUGAUGAUGAAAGUGAUGAUGAAACCGAUUCCUCGGAUAGCAGCGAUUCAUCCGAUGACUCAUCUGAUGACCUUGACUCUGAUGAUGACCCAUCCUGACAGUUGCGUGGCUCCUAGGAGUUAACCAGUAAAGGCUUGUGAAUGAUCUGACGUAAUCACUGAUAGUGUAAGACAUUCGGCUGAUUUAAAUGAUCAGGCGAUGUAUAUUGUAGCCACUUCAUAAAAUUCUUGAUAACUUCAUGAAAUGGCUGCGUUUCAUGGCAACCUGACUGCUGUUCUUGGUUUCCGUUAAUAUCAUAAUAUUUUAUGAAAUUUGAAUCAUUUUAUGAAGUGUGCUAUGAUACGACUACUUCAAGUAGAUACAAUAUAUGAAUUGAAAUGUCUUAGAUCUGAAUCAAGCUUUUUCUCAAACAAUAAGUGUGUACAUAAGAAAAGACAAUUUAAGUAACAGUAUAUCCAACUUUCAGUAGCUUGCCUAUGUAAUAAAAUUUGUAUUAUACAAAAAUAUACAUAAAAUUAUAGAACAAUGUAAUACAUAAUAAAUAGUAGAGAAUAGGGUAGUUUCCUAAAAAAUAAUAAUUAGUCCGUCUUGUAGAUUGUCCAAAAUUAAGCGAUACGUAUUUUUUCUUUUUUAAAUUGGAUCAGAACUUGUUAAGAUAUAGCGUGUUAAAGUUGAGUGUGACGUCACAAGUUGCUACAAUUUUCAGGACACUGUGACGUAAAAGGCCCCCACUCCUAAUUUUUGAAGCGUAUUAUCUUUGUCAUUUUAUGUUUAAUUAAAAAAAGAAAAAAUACGUAUCCAAUAUUUUUUGAUUAUCUAAAAAGCGGACUAAAUAUUAUUUCAUUAUUUCGACCCUGGACACUACCCUAUUGAUAUUUCACUAAACUAGCUGUAUUAUAAUUAUGAUAAUAAUGCCUCUUAUCACAUAAACAGUAUGUUACACCACUAUGUAUACAGUAGUAUGUGAUUAUAAUGAAAAAUAAAAAUAAGCCGAUUUAAUAUCAUUCCUUAAAAAUAGGCUAAUAAUCUUAAAACUUAAUAAAGAUACUCCUAGUAAAAAAAAAAUAAUUUGCAAUAAUUACCUACGUGCAACUGAAUUGUUUAUUUAGUGGAUGGUUUGUGUGAAGUUUGCACAAAAGCGGUAGAGCAGUUGUUCAUUUAUAGGUAGCGAAGCAUGUUCCAUACUUAUAAUUUCUUUAGGUAAAUUCCUGACUGGGACUAGCCUUUUCACCACUUAUACAGCUGUAUAAAUAAAGGAAAUUGUAAUAAAUAAUAAACAAUUAUGUAAGUUCAAACUUGA